AUGUCGGUGAAGAUGGCGCUGCGUCGGGCCUACUCCAUCAAGGACAAGCUGCAGGCCAUCGAGAGGGUGAAGAAAGGCGAGCGGCAGGCUUCGGUGUGCCGGGCUUUCGGGGUGCCGGGGGGGACGCUGAGGGGUUGGCUGAAGGACGAAGCCAAGCUGCGGUGGUUCCUGGAGCAGCUUGGGGGUGAGGUGGGCACCCAACGCAAGAAGAUGCGCUUGGCCAACGAGGAAGAGAUCGACCGCGCCGUCUACGCCUGGUUCCUCGCCCUCCGACAACACGGCGUCCCCCUCUCCGGACCCCUCAUCCAAGCCCAGGCCGAGGCCUUCGCCCGGCAGAUCUACGGCCCCGAAUGUACCUUCAAAGCCAGUCACGGCUGGUUCUGGCGCUGGCAGAAGCGCCACGGCAUCUCCAGCCAACGCAUCUACGGCGAGGGUGGCCUCCCCGCCGAGCCCGAGCGGGCUCCUGCCCCCUGCCCCGACGCCUUGCCCAUGCCGGCCACCGACGCCGGAGGCUACGGCGACGAGCAGAUCUACAACGCCAACGUCACAGGGCUCUACUGGAAGCUGCUACCGGGGCAGACCGGCGAGGUGACGACGGCGGCGCAGCGGCGACCGGCUCCCCGCCAACGGGUCACCGUGCUGUUGGCCGCCAACUUGACCGGCUCCCACAAGCUCAAGCCGUUGGUGGUGGGGGGCCUUCGCGAUCCCCCCAGCCUCCGCCAUCACAACCAGGACAAAUUCCCCGCUUGUUACCGCUACAGCCCCGAGGCCAGGUUGGGGCCGGCGCUUCUCCGGGCUUGGUUCUUUGAGGACUUCGUGCCGGGUGUCAAACGCUACCUGCGCCGGAGCUGCCUGCAGCAGAAGGCCGUGUUGCUCCUCAGCUCCCCAUCGUCCCACUCCGGGACGGGUCCCGAGGAGUCCCCACCGCUGCAGACACCCGAUGGCUCCAUCCGUGCCCUCUUCCUCUCCAAGAGCCACAUCGGGAACGGCUCGACCGGAGGAGGAGGCCGAAUCCCGGCCCCGUUGGAGCAGGGGGUGGUGUCCGCCUUCAAGCAGCUCUACAAGCGGGAGUUGCUCCGCCUGGCCGUCUCCUGCGUGGCCGGUGGCUCCGGUGGCCCCAUGGACUUUGUGCGGUCCUUCCUCCUCAAGGACAUGUUGUACCUGGCUGGUCUCUCCUGGGACCUCAUCCCGCCCGGCUCCAUCGAGAAAUGUUGGCUGCUGGGCUUGCGCGCCGCCUUUGAGCCCCAGCCUGGGGAGGAAGAGCAUGGAGAACCUCCACACGGGGAGGAAGGUGGCGGUGGUGGGGACAGCAAAGUCUUCAGCGACCUGACCCACCUGGCCGCCUUGGCCUACAAACGCUUGGCUCCUGAAGAGGUGGCCGACUGGUUGCACUUGGAUGACGCAGCCCCGGGGACGGAGGAGGAUGAUGGGGAAGAAGAUGCUGAGGAGGAAGGCCCGGGGGGCUGUGGGGCAGAAGAGGAGGAGGAGGAGGUGGCAGGUGGUGGAGAUGGGGAUGGCAGGAGGGUUGGGGAAGGAGGGGAUGGCUUGUUGCCCACGGCUCGGGAAGCCAUCAAAGGUCUGGAGACAGCGUUGCGUUGGCUGGAGGGUCAGGACCCCCGGCAAGUGGGGCCACUGAAGCUGGUGCAGCUCCGUUCCCUCAUCAGCAUGGCCCAACGGCUGCACCGCGGUGGUAGCCCCCAUUCCUAGGCCAGGGCCAACCACAGACCUCUUGGCUACCAACCUCUCGGCUACCAACCGCCCCACUUGGGGUCGGGGUGGGGGGGAGAACAUGGGGCUGGGGACACCCCAGUUGCCCCAGGGAGCUGGCGGUGGAGGUUCCAGCUCCCCUUACCCCUCCGUCAUGGGGCUCGGGAGGCCCCUGGGUUACCACAGCUAAGAGGGGGUUCCAAUUUAGGGCUAAUGGGGAUUUUUUUGGGGCAACAUCCCCUCUGUACGUUGCACGUUCAAGGGUUGUUCCUCACCUGAGUAUAUUUAGGAGGUGCUAUUUUUUAAAAUCCCAUGAGACUGAGCAGAGGUGGCCUCCUGGUCACCGGCGCCGCUAAAAGGGGAUGGAUUCUCCCCUCCCCCCCCCGGCUGCCUGGUCCCCCCCGAUGCCGUGGGGAGAAGGGGUGAAGGAGGGACCUGCUCGGCAUCACCCGAGGAUGCCGGGGGAAGUUACACCAAGUAAUUCCCCACAUCUCCUGUGGGGAGGACAAGGACCACUCCUGGGGGUCGUCACUCCUGGUGACGCCCUUCCCACUGCCGAAACGGAGUCCUGUUAAACUGGGGGAGGUUUGGGACUGGUUUAAGACGACUUUCUUCAUGCACUGAAUUGGUGGCAUCCAAGAAGGUCACCUCCGUUGUUUCCAUGACAGCCCCCCGUGCCCGGGAGCGCCCAGACCACGGAGACCUGCUGAAAACAGGUACCAUCAUCCAUCCUCACAUCACCGAAGGCUGCGGGGAUGGGGGUUGAGGUGUCCUCCUGGGAAUUUCCAGGGUGGCUGGGGGUUGGAGGACACGUCUUGCAG